AUGAAAAGAAAGCAACAACUAUUUUAUAUACUGAGCUUGCUAACUGUGUUCUCUGUAUUGGUGACAUAAGUUCAAAGUCAGUAGCUGAUCAACAACUGUGCUAAGCAUUACGAUGUGUUUGACUACUAUAAUCCUAAUAUUGUGAGAAAAAUUUGCACUAGGUGCAAGAGCACUCUUACUGAGACUUAUGUGCUUAGAUAUGACUUCCAAGAAUGCAUACGUACCGUGAACUUUUUAGAUGGACUCUAAAACUGCUAAUAAUUAACUCUAGAUGGUAAGUGCAAGUAGACUUUAAGUUACUCCUCAGUUGUGAAUGCUGAUAAUUGGACUAUCAUUCCUUAGAAUAGAACUGACGAUUUUAGUUCUUCAUGUGCUUAAGUUAACAGCCUUGGCAAAUGUGUUUAUCCAAUUUUUCCUCAUGCUAUGAUUAACGUUUAAGGUAGCGAUACUUUUUAUAAAAAUUUUGAAUGUGCUUUUGUAAAUUCAUCAAAUUAUUGCUAAAAAACUCACUACGGUUUUAUUUUUACUGCUAAUUAAAAUUACUUUUUGUUUGAUUUCCAAAACUAUGAAAAAUUAAACAAAACUAUAGUUUCUAAGUAUACUGAUCGUCUUUAUUGUGUCAAAGGUUAUACUUUUACUGAAACUGGCUGCAUUUAAGAUGGAUCUUCCUUCCCUACAAUUCCAAAUUGUGCUGAGUAAAUGGGUGAUUAUUGCUACACAUGUAACUAAGGAUAUACCUUGCAAAAUACUCGUUAGUCUUGCUAAUAGAUAGGUGAUGGCAAAAGCUGUUUGACAUUCGAAAAUAUUCGUGGUGUAAAUCAAUGUAUAUUAUGCGAUAAUUCUUAUUCUUUGUAUAGAGGUCAAUGCUACUAAAAUAUUGCACUAUCCCACUAAAAUAUCAGAUUUGGCUCUUUCUGCAAGGCUCCCUACUACGGAAAAGGCUGUACUUAAGUCUAAAAAAAUCUACCUUUAAACUGUGGUAUUGUAGAUUCUUAGAAAGGUACUUGCGCCCAAUGCACCGAUAUUGAAAAUUACUACUUUGAUAUUAAAUCAAACUCUUGCAAGAGCAGAGUUUUUUCUAUCGGCUGUGCUGUCAAGCAUCCCGUUAGUGAUUCUUGCUAUGUAGCUUACUGCCAACCUGGACUUAGAUACAGAUACCCUCUUCCCACCUUCUAUCCUCCUACUUACACAUUUGUUGAUGCUAAGUAUAAUAACAUUUGGAGAAAUUAGUUUUUAGGUUCUAAAUCAAAUAUCACUCAAACCGAAUGUAUAGCUGAUGUAAACAACCCCUUAGAUGUUAAUUGCCAAACCUAUGAUUAGUAUGGAUAAUCCUGCGUUUAAUGCAAGCCUAAUUAUUGGUUACUUUAGAAAAAUGACGGCACAAGAUAUUACUACUGCUCAAAUGAUUUGAACUAAUUCAAAUCCUUUAGCCAAUAUUGCUUAACAUUUAAUAAUUAAAGAACUAGAUGCACUUCUUGUCAGCCAGGUUAUACUGUAAACUAAAGUGGAGAUUGUGUUUAAGGCUCAGAUAAAGAUAAUUGUCUUAUUUAUGAUUCAUCUGGAAACUGUUCUCUCUGCAAAGAAGGAUUUUAUCCUUACUUAUCAGGCUGUUCAAACUAAGAUCUUUGUUGGUUAUCAUUAGAUCCUAAUACUAAUUCUUAUUAUUGUAGUGAGUGCAGAUAAUAAACUGACAAAUAGAUUAUUUAAUAUAACAAUUUUUGCUCAGUUACUAAUAAUGGAGAUAAUUGUGCUAAAUAUAAUUUAAUUGGAAAUGCUUAUAAAUGCGCUUAUUGUCAAGACGGUUAUAUAAUUAAUAGCUCGGGAACUUGUAUUUCAAGUUUUAGAGAAUGGGUGUAUACAAUUGCUACUUAAUCAAGUACUAAUCUCAUUUAAGGAUGGAACAAUAAUGGAUAUUAUUUAAGAUAAAAUGGCUAAGAUGUUACUUGCUAGUAAGGAUACAUUAAACAGUAAUGUGAUACCUGUUCCCAAAACUGUCUUAGCUGUAUAGAUGAUAUCUGCUAUAAAUGCUAAACUGGUUUCGUUUUAAAUAGUUUUUAUGAGUGUGUACCAAGUGCUUGA